AUGUCCAGCAUGAUCCGCCAGGCCCUCCCGCGCGGCCUGGUGCGUCGCCCCUUGCUCACGCCAGCCAGUGGAGCCCCAGUCUGCCCGCGAUGCUCGCACACGAUCCGCCGAGGCCUGAUGACCGGGUCGCGCGAGAGGCCCUCCCGCCGCGCCGAGCUUGACACCCUCAACGUCAACCGCCUCGCCUCCCAGUAUGCCGAGUACCACCACACCCGCCAGCAGGCCCUCAGAGCAGGCGUCGUCGCCGGCGUAAUAUCCAUCAUCUACGUCUGCUGGAAGAUCAGCCAGAAGAUGCGUGAGGAGUCUGCAGCCCGCUGCGGUGGUGGUGCCACGCAGCUCGACUCGUCCCUGCCCGCCGGCGACCCCCUCAACGACCCCAAGCGCAAGGUGGUCAAGCACGACGAGAACGGCCGCGAGGUCGUCCCCACCGGCAACAGCUACGUCCCCGAAUUCCCCAGGACGGUGGAGCUCCCCGAAUUUGGGCGGGCGAGCCCACAGCCGGACGGGUCCAACGGCAGCGGGCCCAUGGCGCCUGCACUGAUCGUGCCGCCAUCCGUGGCAACCGGGACCGAGUACACACUCGUGGGGCUGGGGACGCGGUCCGUCUCGUUCCUGGGCAUCAACGUGUACGUGUUGGGCUUCUACGUCGCGACGCAGGACAUUGCCGAGCUGCAGCAGCGCCUGGUGCGCAAGAUCAACCCGAUCGCCUCGACGCUCGUGGCCUCGGAGAAGGGCGACCUGCGCAAGAAGCUGAUGGACCCUGUCGAGGGCGAGCAGAUCUGGGACGAGUUCCUCCGCUCCGGCAUCCCGGCGAGGAGCAUGGUGCGCGUGGUGCCUGUGCGCGACACCGACUUCCACCACCUGCGGGAUGGGUUCGUGCGCGCAAUCCAGGCACACGAGGGCAAGGCCAAGGACGAGGAGUUCGGCGAGGCAAUGAGGGAGUUCAAGCGCAUCUUCAACAGGGGCAAGGUGCCCAAGCAGAAGGAGCUCCUGAUGCUGCGCGACAGGGCCGGCAAGCUCACGCUGGUGUACGACGAGGGCAAGUCCGGCGGCAGGGAGCUGAUCGGCACCGUGAAGGACGAGAGGAUAUCGCGGGCCCUUUGGAUGAACUACCUCGGCGGCAAAAAGGUCGCUAGCGAGGAGGCAAAGACGAGCAUUGUCGACGGCAUCCUGGAAUUCGUGGAGCGUCCCGUUGGCACAGUGGCGACCCAAGUGUUAUGA